AUGGGCUUCGAGGAGGCCACCGCCGAUCACGCGCCCACGGUCGUGGCGGUGGGCACUGCUGACUUCCUGGAGGUCAAUGGCCAGGAGCCCCUUGGCUGCGUGGCAGCCGACUGGUCGGAGCGGCUGCUGAGGCUGCGGUGCAAGUCCGAAGUGGGCGUGCUCUGCGAGGCGCCCGCCCACUACAGCCAGAGGAACGAGUACGGCCUCCACUCCUGGGGACCUGAGGCCCAAGGCAAGGUCGUCGUUGCCGUGCGCGGGGAGGUCGAGUUUGAGACCCUGGCGCGCCGCGCGGAGGACUCGGGCGCGGUGGGCAUCGUCAUCAUCGACAACGAGGACGAGUGGGAGACCGACUUCGAGAUGACCCUCGACGACCCGCAUCGUCCACCACCGGCGGUUCCGGCCGUACUCGUGCCGAAGACUGCGCGGAGCCGACUGAGGGAUGGCCUGCAGGUGCGAGUGGUCCGAAGGAUCGAGCGGAACCUCGCCAGCAACGAGGAGAAGUUGCUGCAGUUCAUGCGCCUGCGCGGCGUGGAGGUGGGCCUACAACUUCAGUGA